AUGGCUCCUAAGAAGAAAGAGAAGAAAAAGAAAAUAGAUGUCCAGGAGGCUACUAAUGCCUUGGCAUCUGUCUUGACAGAAACCAGGGAGUUCUACCACAUCCAAAUUCGGGACCUGGAGAAUCGGCUUGAGAGGUACAAAACAAAAUGGGAAGAGUUAUCCAAGCAGGAGAAAGUGUUCCAGGAUGAGUUUCAGCAGCUAACCCACAACAAAAAGGAGGUUGUUUCCUUCCUAAAACGGACUCUCAACCAACGUGUGGAUGAGAUCAUUGACCUUAACUCACAGAUACAUGGGCUGCAGGUCUCCAAAGAGGUAGAGAAGGAUGCCUUUGAGGCCCAACUGGCCCAGGUUCGCCAUGAGUUCCAGGAAACCAAAGAUCAGCUCACCAUGGAGAAUAUCAUGUUAGGGGGGAAGCUGGCUGCCUUAGAGGAUUUCCAAUUCCACAAGUCUGAACUCAUGUCCAAGUUUUCCCUUCUGGAGGAACAGCUAAAGACCCAGCAAGACGAAUAUAAGACUUAUAUUUACAACUUGGAAAGGAAGGCUUUGAUGGAUAAAGAAAGACUUCGGAAGGACAUAAUCAAUCGUAUGAACUCAGUGGCAACUGAGUUUCGCAAGUUUUCUACCUCCCAGAUGGCAGAGACAACAAAGAGAGCUAUUCGGGAGAACAUGAUGGUGGCCCUGGAUCUGGCCAAAAUAAACUCCCGAAACUUGGAGCAGCUCAAGGAGAAUGGGCAGCUGAAAGAGUCCAAGCUGGAGUUGUGCAAACAGCUGGAGCUUCUGGAGAAAAAUGAGAAGAACAUGGUUAAAAACAGCCUCAGCCACAUGAAGAUGAUUCAACUUCUUUCUGCUAAGUAUCAGGAGCAACAGCAAACAGAGGUCGAAGCUGACCAGCUUCGGGUAAUUUUGAGCGAGGCAGAGAUUGCUUUUCAGCAGCUGGAGGAAGACAACCAGGACUUAAAAAUAAGGAUAAAGAGCAUGAGGAAGCAACUGAAAAAACAGAAGACACAGGGGCAGAAGCUGACACUAGAUCUGGAAAAGGAGAAGGAUAAGAGGGAAAGCCUGGAGGUUGUGCUGGCCAGAGCAACUUGCCACCUCCGGGACUUGAUGAUGAUACGCCCUGAUAAAACUGGGCCUGGCGAGGUAGACCUGUUUUUCCACCUAGGGAGGAAGGAGAUGCUGCGGCAGCUAUUGGAUAUACUCACUGAGGUUGUGAUUGUGAAGCCCAAUAUGCCAGAGUUUGUAACUCCCCCGCCCAGGUCCCCCUCGGUCCAGUCUUUCUUGACAUCUUUAGAGGACAGUCCUCAGCCAAGUGAGCCCACCACUUUGCUCCAGCAAUUGACCGACAUACAACCGUACAAGCUUGGAGACCUGGGCCUGGUGCCCCGUCCACCCUCAGCCCCAGAGGAUAGCCAAGAAUCUGAGCCAUUCAAAAGCCGUAGGCCUGUUAAGGCUUUCAGCAACCCUGAGAUUCCAAGCCCUCGGAUGUUUAAAGGGACCAGGCAGGCCAGCCUGCCAUCUUUCCACCUGCAUUCCAGUUCGGUGGAAAAGCAGGAAUAG